AUGGCGACGUCCAUUGCAAUGCGCUGGUUCAAUGUGAGGGAAAGAAAAUGUCAUGCCAAAUGUCUCCAGAAGCUUGAAGCGUUGUUCUCUACCCGAGCUGGUGUAGACGUAACACGGGCCGAGGGCUCACCGAAGGACGAGGGAGAAAGAAGAACACACCAAAGGCAUUGCACGUCCUUCAAGCAGAGCGUCGAGCAGAGGCAGAGGUCGGUCCUGAUCAGCUGUCUCCCCAAAACUCACCACAAUAAGUUCCUCAACUACCUGUCCAGACACGGACAUGUCAACAAAUGCUUCUUCUAUGAAAGCUUUGGCACCUAUGCUGUGGUGGAGUUUUCAGAUAACGACGGGGUGCAAUCUCUUCUUGACAGUGCAACUAUCCCCAGCAUCAGUCAUGAAUCUGUAGUGCCUUUGAGGUCCAGACUACUGUCCUUACGAAGCAUCAACACUGUGAACACAGACAUAAAGAACAUUCCCCAGUGUCAGCCCCAGAGAACUGUGUCCAUCAACGAGCUCAUCCAGCAGCUGUCCUCUUGCGACAAUCUGGAGCAGCAGAUCAUGUCCCUGACAGAAGCCCACUCACUGACGGAGGAGAACAGUCGUCUGCGUUUCCUGGUCUGCUCUCUGCUCAAUGACAUCUCUGCUGCCUAUUUCCCAGAGAGCUCCAUUAGGCCCUUUGGAUCCUCUGUCAACGGCUUUGGGAAGCUGGGCUGUGACCUCGAUAUGUUUUUGGACCUAGAUGCCAUUAGUGCAGGCAGCUCAAAUAUGCCCCAGUCUGGCAUGUACGUGGAGUACCACAUGAAGAGGGCCACUUCGGAGCGAGCGGUAACUCAAAGCGUGCUGUCAGUCAUUGCAGAGUGCUUAGAACAGUUUGGUCCAGGCUGUGUGGGGGUGCAGAAGAUCCUAAAUGCUCGCUGUCCUCUGGUCCGCUUCACCCACCAGCCCUCAGGCUUUCAGUGUGACCUCACCGCCAACAACAGGGUGGCCAUGCGGAGCACUGAGAUGCUGUACCUGCUCGGAGAGCUGGACCCUCGGGUGCGGGCUCUGGUCUUCACUGUACGCUGUUGGGCUCGAGCUAAUGGUGUCACCAGCUCCAUCCCCGGAGCCUGGAUCACCAACUUUUCCCUGACCCUCAUGGUGGUCUUCUUCCUCCAGAGGAGAAACCCCCCCAUUCUCCCCACACUCGACCGCCUUAAAGAGCUUGCAGAGCCCUCAGAGAAGUGUAUCAUAGAUGGAAAUGACUGCACGUUCACCAGUGACUUCGACAAGAUUCAGCUGGAGCCCAAUACAGAGUCAUUAGAUCAACUGCUGAGUGACUUCUUUGAGUUUUACAGCACGUUUCUCUUCAACAGAAUGUCUAUCAACAUCAGAAAGGGUAAAGAGGAGCACAAGCCGGAGCUGGGGCCCCUGUACAUCCAGAACCCCUUUGAGACUUCCUUGAAUGUUAGUAAGAACGUCAACACGGCUCAGCUGGAGCGUUUCGUGUCCCUGUGUCAGGAGAGCGCGUGGAUGAUGCAGAGCGGAGGAACCCUCACCACACUGCUCCAGCCCUCUCAGAUCUCUGCCGUCAAGCGCAGGAAGAAGAGAAAAGUUGAACCUGCCAGUGAGAGGAUAAAAGGGCUUCUAGAAUCUCUAAGGACCAAAAAUAAUGUGCAGAAGAAAUGAAGUUAUGGACAAGUCAUUUUAGUUUUUUUUUUUUUUUUUUUUUUUCUAAGGAAAUGAUAUGUACUGUACCAACAACUGUAAUGGUCCAGAUUACUCCACAAAUUCACACACUCUAAUAGGCUUGUUUGAGAUGAGGGGAUGCAGUUAAUCUACAACUGUAUUACAUUGUAUUUUGUGAAGUAUUCAUGGGUUUCAAGCAUCUUUAAAACCAAGGCAUGUUGCCAUGGCAAUAAACCUCAUAUAUCAUAUUUUUGAAAGGUACUCAAAAUAUCAGUACCGACUUCUUGACAAUACGUUUAUCAAGAUGGAUAUUGAUACUUUUAAACAACAUAAAUUCAUUAGAAAUUGCAAAACUAUACACUUAUUUAUCCACUGACAACUGCAUGAAAGGUGGAUCUGCUGUGUUUAAAAUGGGACUAAUUCUGAAGAUCUGAAGAUUCUGAUUGGAAGGCCAUUGUGAACAUGAAACUCCAGUGCAUUAUGCAAAAUCAAAAUAUUGAUUUGGUAAACUUUUAACACUGGUUUUAAGGGUUAUCCAUGUACCAGAACACCAUAUAUAAUCUAACAAUGACAAAUCAUCACAUGUGUUUUAUAUGACAUCACUACAGUACUGGGAUGUAUUUGGACCACUCCAUUGGAGUAAAUAAUAGAUUCAACAUUUGGGGACCUUUUUUUGUGUAUUUCUCAUUCAUUAUAAUCUAAACAAUAGCAUCUGAAAGCAUGAACUCAUCAUGUUUACAGCCUGAAAACAGUCCAUACUGCAUAUGAUUCUCUGUUAUUCCCUCUAAACAAUCUGUUAAACAAAAUGUAUGACAUUGCGAACAGUGUUAUAAUACUGAAAUUUUGAACUUUCAUCUCAAAUUUGAGUUGAAUAUAGGAAUAGACUCGAUACUUUUUACUGAAUAUGAUACCAGAAGAACCAGAAGAAUUCCGUGAAUUCCAACUGUGUCCCCAGAGAUGAAGAUGGAAAAAAAUCAUAUAUUUAUUUUACCAAUAACAAUUGUAAUGCUGAUUUAUUCUUAAUUACAAAAAACAUUAAGCAC